AUGAAAGAUUCAAAUUCCAUUGUCAUGGAUAAUGGCUCCGGCACAAUCAAAGUUGGUUUUGCUGGUGAUAGCCAACCGUGUAUAAUUUUUCCUACUAUUGUUGGCUGUUUGCGUCACACUUCAGUCUCACCUGGAAUGAACCUAAAAGAUCAAUAUAUCGGGAGCGAAGUAAUUGAAAAUAAAGACAUACUAUCGAUUCACUAUCCCAUUGAACACGGUAUUGUUACGAAUUGGGAUGAUAUGGAAAAAAUCUGGCAUCAUACAUUUUAUAAUAAACUACGCAUUGCACCAGAAGAGCAUCCAUUUCUACUGACAGAAGCACCAUUGAAUCCUAAAGCUAAUCGUGAGAAAAUGGCGCAAGUACUUUUUGAACACUUUAAUGUACCAGCUUUGUAUGUGGCUAUUCAGGCUGUGCUGACAUUUUAUGCAAGUGGUAGAAUAGCCGGUAUCGUUCUUGAAAUUGGUGAUGGAGUUUCAGCAACAGUACCUAUUUUUCAAGGUUACGCUGUAUCAAACGCAAUUAAUCGUCUUGAUCUAGCUGGACGAGAUUUGACUGAUUGGAUGACUCGACUGUUAGCUGAACGUGGUUAUUCGUUUGCAUCAACAGCACAACGUGAAAUCGUUCGAGAUAUGAAAGAAAAGCUCGGUUAUGUUGCAUUAGAUUUUCAAGAUGAAUUAUCGAAAUCAUCGCAUUCAAAAGAUAUCGAAAAGAACUAUGAAUUGCCAGAUGGUCAAAAAAUAACGAUUGGUAACGAACGCUUUCUAUGCCCAGAGGCUCUGUUCACACCAUCAAUGAUUGGUCAGCGAGAAUCAGGUAUAGCUAACAUGGUUUAUGAUACAAUUAUGAAAUGUGAUAUUGAUUUACGAGAUCGAUUGUAUCGUAGGAUAGUGUUAUCAGGAGGAACAACUAGCACUAAAGGUUUGGAGAAUCGAUUGAAAAAAGAAAUAAGGGAACUGGUGCCAUCAGAAACUAAAAUUCGCAUUAUUUCUGCAUCGGAACAAGACAUAGCUGUAUGGCUUGGUGGUUCAAUUCUUAGUUCAUUAUCAACAUUUCAAAAAAUGUGGAUCACAAAACAAGAAUAUAAUGAUUUUGGUCCGUCGAUCAUGCAUCGAAAUUGUUUGUAA